UUGUUCUCCGAUCAGCGUCAUGUCGUUUCCAUGGAUAUCAUCCUGAACACCCUGAAAGCUGGACUACCACGUCAUCGAAUGAGCCUGCAAUACUAUGAGGAAAUGAAUAACUAUGACAACGAGCUUGAAUAUACCGAUUUUGAGAAAAUACCAACACUUUUGUCAUGCAAUCCUAGUCAGUAUGAGAAAGACCUGAGAAAUAUUGUCCUUGAUCUGUACUCAGAUAGGAAACCUGACGUGCUUGAGAAAGAACCAGGGGACGUCAUCACUAUGAAUCAACAUGAUGGGCUCCAUAUAACAUCAACUGAACAAACACCUUCUUGUGAAAUUGCAAAACUACAGACAGGUUUUGAUGAUAUCAGUACAUCAUUUGAUGGGUCUCAUUUAAGCGACGAUUUUGUUGAACCUCGAAUUUUGUACCGUUACAAAGAGACUGUUUUGAUCAAUGAUGUACCUAAAUGCGAGAAUCAUGCACCAUCCUUGACAACUAUUAAAACAGACCAUAAUAGUUGUGAUCCAGAGAUGGUCAACAAAUCUGCAGUUUCUUCACUUCAUUAUUCUAAGUCUACUGGUGAAACGUUUGGCAACAGUGAAGGAGUGCCACAAAUUCCUUAUGAUCCCAGUGAAGCACAACUUCUUUCUACCAGUUUCAGUGAUUCAGGGAUUCAGAUUGAAUAUCCUGAAAAUGAUAGCAUUGCAAGCGAAUGUGAUGAAUUGGGAAGAGACGAGAAGGUGGUGCGACAAGAUAAAGUGGAUGGAGUCAAGGCUAAAACCUAUGACGAGUACCUAACAUCAACGAAGCAUGCAACAACGAAACGUGGUGGGCCUGAAGUCAGAGAACAGCACCAUACAGUUUCAGGUAUCCCAUCAGACCCAGCGCUAUUUGUUGAUACUAGUUCACCUGUGCGAACUGACUCUGUGAGAAAUAAUGAACAUACAAACACCUACAAUCGUGGCACAAGCAUAGAUACUCCAAGUAAAACGGUCCCAGAAGACAGUAAUUUGCAACUUGUGUUGGUCAAUAUGGAAGGAAAACUCGAAACUCUCACUUCUGAAUACACCAAGGUUUUAGAAGAAAAGAAAGAGUUACAAGAUAAGCUUAAAAUUAACGAAAACCAAACAACAGAUAGAGGUAAUUGGAACCAAUAUCAAAAUAAAGAUGUUCAACUUGAAUUAGACAAUCUUCGAGGGAAGAAAGUCAAUCUCGAGCGGACUAUAGCAAACCUGCAUCUCCUCAAUGAUGACAAAACCCUGCAAGUCAGUGAUGCCGAAGAAAAACUCAAGUCUUCGCAACUUUGCAUUCAAAAUCUCCAGCAAAAACUCCAGGUUUUAGAAGGCGAGGUUUUUGAGAAAUCUAGUGGUGUUGAAGCGCUGGAGAAAGAAUUACUCACGCUAAAGUCAGCCCUUGAAGAAACGAGACUCCAUUAUGAAGAAUCUGUCAAAGAGAAGACAGUUCUUUCUUCUGAUGUUUCGACACUCGUGAAUGCAAAGUCGUGGCUGAUAAAACAACUGGAGAAAUCCAAAGAAGUUCAGGUUAAUCUUCAGUUACAAUUGAAUGAUUACGAUGCAACUAUUCUUACGCAGAAUAGGCAAGUCGAAUUUCUAAAAUGUGAGAAUGCUAGAGUAUCUAAAACUCUGGCAGAAACUCAAGAAAAGGCAAUUUCAGAAAAAGCAAUGAUAUUAGAACAUUUAGAAAAAGUCGAAAGCGAUCUUGUAAGUCAAGAUAUUGCCUUAAGGAAUAUGCAGUCGGAGAAAACCACUAUUCAAAGAGAGCUGGGAGUGAAAAUUAAAUCUCUUGAAAAUGAAAAUGGCUUGCUGCAGAACUUAGUCAAAUCAGCGCAAAUACUAGAGCAAGAACUUCAGGCAUUACGAACUGACGCUCAAUCAAAAGAAACUUUGUUGGUUGAUCUUAAGAAAGAAAAAGAUGAAAUAAGUCAACAGUUAUCAUAUACAAGAAACGUUAAUGAUGUUUGCGAGAAGAACAUUCAAAUCUUGAAUUGCAAACUCCUGGAGAAUGAAAAGAAGCUAAAAAGUUUAGCAGAAGAAAAAGAGACUCAACAAGCAACAAUCAAAGAACUAGAGAUCAACAAUGAAGCUCUUACUCGUCAAAUAUGUGAAGCUCAAGAAGAAAAAGAUGCCCUGGACAACGCGGUUCAAAUGCUUAGACUUGAGUUGGAUAAAGUAGAACGGCGUUUUAAAAUCAUGAAAAGAGAACUCGCUUUAAAAGCCAACCAGCUAAAAGAAGUAACAAAGCAAAAAGACGGAUUCAUCAACGAGUUACGAGUACUUCGGGACGAGUUAGAGCAGCAUAAAUCUUUAAUGGAGGAGUUGAGAGACACUAUUCGACAGAGAGACGAGACCAUACACGAGCUUCAAAGUGACAAGGCGAAGGUCCAUGCAGAAGCUUGUGUUCUAAGUGAACAUUUGAAAAGAACACAACUGGAAUUUCAUGAAACUCGCAAAGAAAAGGAUACUCUGCACGAGCAACUUCAAGCUUCAAACAGUGACUUGUCACAUGUGGAGAAGAAAUACUAUGACUCAUGCUCUGAGAAAGCAAAGCUAGAGGGCGAACUGGAAUCAACCAAGCGAGCUUUAGAGGACUACACAACUACCAAACAAGUAGAACACGAAUCUUUGAAACACGAAAUGAACCAAGUGAAAUCCGCCUUCCAGUACGAAGCGACUCGACAUAGGGACGAGGCUAUAAAUCUAAAGCAAGAGAUAGAGUUUAUGAAAGGACAAUUGGCUCAGAAACGCAAGCAACAUAAGAAUGAGGUCGCGGCUCUUGAGAAAAAGUUAACUGAAAUUGAAGAAACGAUGGAGCAAGAGAAAGUUGAUGUAAGAAAGCGAUUCGAAGAUUUGGUGAGCGCAGCUUCUGAAAAACUUGAAAGAGAGAAAACAGAAAGGAAACAAGAAAUUUCAGCAUUGAAUCAAGAAAAACAAUUCUUGACAAUCAAAUGCACAGAAUUAGAAGAGCGGGCCAAAAAUGCGGCAGCAAUGCAGCAGAAUCGAAUACACACUCUUGAAAGUGAACUACGCGUGGCAAAAAUCGCAAUAGAAGAUAAAAAACGCGAAUUAGAGAAACUCCUCUUGCUUUCUGUUGAGCUGGAAAGAGAAAAGGGGAGACUAGCUGGCUUACGAACAAGUCAAAAAGCGUUGAGAGAGCAUUGCUCUAAUGUAGAGGAAUUGUCCGCUAGUCGAGAGUUAAAAAUUUCCAAGUUGCAGACGAAACUAGAAGAUGUCACACUUGAGAAAGAAACACAAAGAAAAGAAGCUCAAAGCAAACUUAUACAGCUCGAGUCAACUUUGAAAACACAGUCUGAAAGAAUCGAUGAUCUUCGACUUUGUUUGGGGUCAGAGAGAAAACAAACUUCGCAACUUAAAAUUAAAUUGAACACAAAUGAACAAGAAGCGGAAAAUACUCUUAAGAAGCUAACGAAAGCUUAUGUUGACCUUGAAAAUGCAAGUUCAAAGUGCGAAAAAAGUGUACAAGAACUUAAAGACAAAGAAAAGAUUCAGCAAGAACUUCGAAGGGACGUAAAGAGUUCUCAAGCGAUUGCUCAAACACUAGAAAAUGAAAAUCAAAUUCUAAAAGAACGUGAAAAAAUUCAAAACGACCUUACACAAGCAAUUGAAUGGAAAUUAAACCAGCGAAGCAAAGAGUUGGAGUACGCCAAGGAGCAGCUAAGACUUUCUGACGAGAGGCAUCAAAGCGAGAUUGAGACAUUGAAAACUGCGAUUCAAGUAGUAAAAAGCGAAGCCGCGUAUUUACGGAGAGAAGUUUCUAUUGCUAGAAAAUCAAAGUGUGAAAACCAAGAAAAGUAUUUCACGUCAAGAGAUGAGUUAAUAAGCGCUAGACAGGAGACACAAAUCACCAAACAGGACUUAUUUGCUGCAUCACAGCAACUCCGUUACCUAAAGUCCGCCAUUUUGAAUUCACUCGACAUGAAGGAAUUGCAAGAAUUUGUCAAGAGUGACGAUGAAGCGUCAUUUGUUACCACGGUCACUUUAGAAACAACCAGUCAGGAUAAUGCAGAAUUUAAAAGUUCUCUGAAUAGUCUACGGGAAUGCAUGUCAUCAUUGAGAAAUCAGAUUUCCACCUUACAAGAGCAAAUGAACAACCACACAACGGCCAUCUGCACAGCUGCAUCUUCGUGGAGGAGUUUCGAGAAGAACGUCCAAAACCUUCAAAUGGAGUGUGCAUCAGUGCAGAAGAAAGCACAAGUAUGGUCAGCCGAGAAGGAUAUCAGUGAGGAUGUGUAGCACCUAAUAAUUUCUAAUCAGUGCUGCCGGACUGUGUCUUCGAGAUUUUGUUGCUAAAGAUUAAAACUUAAAUGCGUUGAAACAUUUCAUGCUAUGAAUUGCAGUGCAGUGUACUUUAUUUUUUGAUCCAAUUAUGACCAAUGGUGGGGUCUCGAUGACGCUCUGCGUUUUCCUCACUCGACGUUUGUUAUCCCUGUGUCAAUGAGGAUCUUUCUAUUAAUACUAUUGUCAAACUAUAUUUACUGAUCUAAUCGGGUAAAUACCAAAACUAAAUAGAUAAAUGGAUGAAUAAUAGUAAAUGAAUAAUGGUUAGAAAAAGUAAAUAAAGAAUGGUUUAAACGACU